GUCAAAUUUAGUCCACUCUGCAGGUUGUCUAUACAGCUGUUAAAAAAAAGGAGUAUCGAGAAGACGAGAGAACAUGGACACAAAAUCACUACCGAGUCUGUUCAACGAUCCGGGCCACUAUGUCAAGGCUUUCAAAGUCUUCUGCGCUCGGUCUGCCAAGUUCAGGACGUACUCUGACUGGGUGGACGGUGUGUUUAGCGAGCCGGUGGUUGGUAAACUCCAGGCUACAGUGGACGGACGAGAAGAGCUACGGGUCCUGGGAGUGGGCAGUGGGUCAGGUGAAAUGGAUUGUGCGAUGUUGGAGAAGCUGAAGAGGCGAUUUCCACGCAUCAACAAUCGUGUAGUUGAGCCUUCUUGUGAGUUGCUAGGCCAGUACAAGGCAUUGGCUCAAUCCAAGGCUCACGAACUACAAGGUGUCGAGUGUGACUUUCGGCAGCAGAAGCUCGAGCAAUACGAGAAGGCGGGAGAUGCGACCAAGUUCCAUUUCAUCAGCGCAGUUCACUGCAUGUACCACCUGGACGACUACGACAGCUCCCUGGAGUAUCUGUACAACUGCCUGAUCCCUGGUGGAGCAAUACUUGUCAUCCAUUUGUCAGAAAACAGUGGACUGUGUCGGUAUAGGGAGCGCUUUCCAUGUUUUCAACCAAGUGACCAUAACUACAGUACUUCGGCUGACAUACGCAGCUCCUUAGACCGUCGGGGCAUCCCGUACACGCAGCACCCCUACCCAGUGCGACUAGACAUCACCAAGUGCUUCGACCAAGCUUCUGAGGAAGGCGGCUUGCUGGUGGAUUUUCUCACCAAUGUCUUGAACUAUAGGAAGACAGCGCCUGAAGAUAUGCAGAGGACAGUCAUGGAGUGCCUGGGUAGCAGCUUGUGCUCCGAGAGCAAAAAUGAUGGUAUUUAUCUUAACAUGGACUGGGAUGCAAUUGUUAUAAGCAAGCCACAACAUUGACACUAC